UUAUUUUUCUUUGAUCGAAUUUCCUCCCCGGCAGUGCACGUCCGUAUCCCAUGAUGCAUUGCGCUCUCUUGCUGGAUCAUGGACCAAGGCGAAAAUGAUCUUCAAGGAGGCGACGGCUCGGGGAGUUUGAGUGACCUGGAUGUCCGCAGACAAAUUCCCAUUAAGCUGCUCUCCAAGCCGCCCCUAAGGAGCAAACCUCCGCUGCGGAACCAGAGACCCGGCGGCAGGCCCUGUAAAAGUAUCUCUGGAGAGGAUGAUAAAUUUGUCUUCAAGCAGGAGGAGAGGUUUGAUUGUGGCACUAAAGCUGGCGACGUAUUUGGGAACCAGAGGAGGUUUCCUCAGCCACUGUUUUGGGAUUACAAGUUAAAUUUGAUCGGCGAAAGGGAUCAAGUUCCAAUUCACUUCUGUGACAAAUGUGGUCUCCCCAUUCAGCUCUACGGACGGCUGAUUCCCUGCAAACAUGUCUUCUGCUACGACUGCGCUCUGCUGCAUGAGAAGAAAGGAGAGAAGAUGUGCCCAGGGCUAAAUCUGUAUAACUGCACUGAGCCAGUGCAGCGCAUCGAGCAGUGCCAGCGAGGCUCCCUCUUCAUGUGCAGCAUCGUGCAGGGAUGCAAGCGCACCUACCUGUCCCAGCGUGACCUGCAGGCCCAUGUCAACCACCGGCACAUGAGAGCCCCCAAGUCCUCGGCCUCCCGCCAGGAUCCUGUACAUCUGCCCCCGGUGCCCGAGGUCUCCGACAGGUUCCGCGUGCCCCCGCCCCACAUACCGAAGAGUCACGUUCACCUCUCCAACCCGCUCCAGCACAGCAGCCACGACCCGUACAGCCAGCCGCCGCCACCGAAACCCCACGAAGGCCCGCCUCCCCCUUCGGCUCUGGGGCCUGAGACGUUCCGCAUCUCCACGGUAACGACGCGGAAACACAGCAAUCUCAUCACCGUCCCCAUUCAUGACGACUCCUCCUCUCGGGAGCCCCUCUCUGCUGGGCCAGGCCCAGGUCAGCCCCCCCACCACCACCCGGGGGAUUAUCCCGGUCAGCCUCCCGUGGUGUCUCACUCUCACCACAUGAUGGCGCCACCGCAACAUAACUUUGGCCCCCCUCCUCCUCCCCCUCCACCUAUUAGUCACCCGAUGCAGCAUCCUGGCCAGGGCUCUGGGACCCCACAUAUGGUGUACAACCAGGCCCCCCCACCCCCAAUGUCAGGAGCCCCCCCACCCAUCACCCCGCCACCAGGGCACAUCAUGGGUCAGAUACCCCCUUAUAUUAACCACCCGCCCCCAGGACCCCCACCGCAGCACAGCGGACCUCCUGUUAACGCCCCCCCACCACAUCACUAUAACCCCAACUCCAUGCAGCAGUUCUCCGAGGACCAGGGCACCCUCAGUCCCCCGUUCACCCAGCCCGGGGGGCUCAGCCCCGGAAUGUGGCCUGCUCCUAGAGGACCGCCGCCUCCUCGGAUGCAGGGCCCCCCUCCCCAGGGUCAAAUGCCAGGGCCGCACCACCCAGACCAGGGCCGCUACCGGCCGUACUAUCAGUAAGCUGCCAACUGGUUGUAUGGGCAACAGUCAGUGUCAUUUCAUGUUCAUACAGCUUGUCUGAGUGAUGUGUUAGUUAAGCUCAGGGUGACAGGAUGUAGGACUUUGAAUUUCUAGAAUCUGUCCCAAAUGUGCACAUUUGAGUUGAACUUUCCACUGAACUAAUUAAAGAACUCGAGAAAAAGCUUUUUUUUUUUUUUUUUAAUGGUCUAUGGUUAGAAUCUUGUAUAUAUGUCAACCGAUGCCACAUUAAAUGAUGUUAAAACGAUUCACAAUAAAUUUUUAAUGACA